GACUUUGAACACCGUGCGUGCAGUAUACCAGCAGCACCGCGCGCAGUGCAUGCAUGACAGCUAGCUAGAUACUCGGUGAUGGGAACGUCAUAGACCGUUUGCUAAUAUUUUUGGAGUGGUUGGUCGAGAAUUAAGAAACAUGAUUUCCACCGUCUGGUUGUCAGGGUCUUAUUAAUUAUUAUCUAUCUUGGUGACAUAGUCAUAGGUCCAUGAUUUGACAGAUCUGCAGGUCAGCUAGUACUAGUAUGGCCAGGACCGGGGCCAGGUCGCCAGGAGCUGGCACCAGGCAGGGAGAUUCUCCAAAAACUUUGGUAGCCCAAAUACUGUCCCCAACUCUUCUCGCUGAACCAGGGAGUUUAAGGAGGUAGAGAUCAAGGUCGGGUGCAUCCAUGGAAUUCGGCGCAUCAAUUUCUAUUCUAAUCCAUUCUAAUGCGCGGCAACGUAUAUGUAAUUGUUUUCCCCCCUCUAUUUUGAAGACAAGGGGACUUAACUGCUUCUCAAGUUCCAAAACAGCUUAGAUAGUGUGAUGUUGACAUUGGAAUGCUUUAAUAGAACAGUGAUUAUUCUCUGAGAAAAUAAUAAAAAGACACUCAAGCAUGUACCAGCAUCAGUGUAUCAGAUAACCGGACAUCCUUUCUAUAGCGGCCUCGAUAUUCAGAGCGCAUUCAAGAUGGGAGGUAUACCACCUGCAGAUUUUGGCAAACUUGUCAACGCUCAGCAAAUGGUUGGUGCGCUGACAGGCAAGUACACUCCAGGACAAAUGAACAACAUUAUGGGUCAGCAAGCCAACUUGAGAGUUGACAGGAUGGAAUUGAAUAACAAUGUGAAGCUGACUGGUCAAGAAAAUGGGAGAUACAGGCAAGAGGAGAUUUCAGAGUGUUGUGUUACUCCAAGGAAGGAGGGUUAUGGCGGAUGGUCUGGAGGAAGGUUUGCCUUUGACCAAGAGGAACAUCUUAGUCACGUUCUUGUGGACUGUGAAAUGGACAGAGGGGCGAGGAAGGAAAUGAGUUGCAGGGCUGUAGGAACCAUGUCAAGCGAUGGCUGCAGUUCAGAGGGUAGUUUGCAGACGUAUAGAAAUGACAGGACUCAGCAAGGUGGGAGUUUCUCCUCCUUACUCAGCGGCGGAAACUCUGCUUACAGCUCUUUAUCGGCAAGCUUGAACAAUGACAUGAGUUUCCUCCAAACACCCUCGGAGCUGAUCACUGCCAGCACCAUGAUGUGCUCCCGGCCGCUCCUAGACUGCAACCCAUCACCAUCACCCCCAUCCCUACCCCCGCAGCAACUGAGACCAGACUCCAGUGGCUUCUCUUCGGAGGAGAUGAGGAGGAAGAAGAAGAAUCCCUUGCAGGAUGCCUUUGACCACCCAGACUUGGUCGUGUGGUCGGACACCAAGAAGUUUGUGGUGCAGUGGAACAAGGAAGGGAAGCUUGGUUUCACAAUAAAGAAUUUCAAGAGCCGAGAUGGAAGCGAGGUCUACGCCAUGGUCACCUCUUUGAAAGGACCUUCAGUGAGGAUGAGUGGACUAGAAAUAGGAGACCGUGUACUAUCAAUCAACGGUACACCCAUCCACCAACAAGCAACAGCUGAAGUUUCAGCAAGUGAAGUCUUCAAGAAGCAGAGUCGAGAUAGUCCAGUCUCUAUCAUCAUACAGAGACCCAAGGGUGCUCGGUCGAGAAGUGUUACCAAUUCAGAGAUGUCUUCUCUGAAAACAGCAUCCAGACAAGGCAGCAUCAGCGAUACCUUUAGUAAUGAUGACAGGCUUAUGAAACGACUACCAGAUUUGAGACUGGUCAUCAUGGGUAGCAAUGCAGAGGACAUUGCUGAACAGUUGGUUGGUCCUAGGAUUUGGUCCAGGAGACAAGAUGGUCUUAUGAGCAGAAAAUGUUGCGUGAAGAUACAGAAAAAGGGCAGCACCUUUGAGUAUCUGUCCUGCAGGUCUCACCAAAUCAUGGACAUCUUGAACUCCAUCAAUAAACCUCGCCAUGUUGGAUCAAAUGGUGUAGAUGGGUCUUCAACCACUGCAGAAUGUGUGGUGUUAGAAGUGGUCGUGGUGAAAGAUACUAUGUUUGCUGAUUAUUGCAGUCAGUUGGUCAUGUCAUCCAAUGCUAUGUACAUUGUUGGAUUUGAAAGCCAUUCAUUCCUUGCUGACACAGAAAAGCAUAUGCAAGAACUACAAAGACAAUUGAAUAAGAUUAGGACGUAUGCAUCUUCAAAAUCCCCAGUCUAUCUUGUUUCAAGCUGGCUGUACUUGCCUGGCACCUCUGACUCGGUCAACAAUAUUGGUGCACAGCUACAUGAGAGGUUUGGUGAAGCAUUUGGAGGACAGCUUCAGUACCACAAGAACUGUCCAUGUUUCAUGAUCAGCAGAACAUCCAACCAACUGCCAUCAUCUCAGUCACCUUCCUGGAACCAUUGCCAGCACCUAGAUGACAGGGUUGACUGGAUGGAAGAACCGGACCAAGUUCCAUCAUUGUCUUUGAAAUCUUCCUACUCUACCUGCCUCAGUACCUGUGCUCCUGAAGCUUGCUUGAAUUUGAAGGAGCACAUAUCAAGGAAUGUCUUUGAGCAGGGGUUCUUGACCAGAAAGUCCUAUCCACAGAAGUUCCUGUCCUACAGGGCUUUCGUGGUUGGACUGAGAGAUCAGAAGCAGAAGUGCGUGCUUACAUCAGGCAUAAAGAGGGCAUGUAAGAUUACAGACAGUGAAGAACUGACUUCUCUCCUAGAGUACCUGCACAAUCAGGGGGUCAUCAUCUUAUCAGCUAAUGAGAAAGAAGAACCACACCAUUCCUUUGUGGCUCUGAACCCUGAAGAGCUUGUCCACAUCUGCCAGCAUCUCCUGGAAGUUCCAGAAAUGAGCCGUCAAGACCAUUCCUUGCGCCAGCACUGGAAUGAUCUCAGGACCAAGUCGAUAUUGAGCCAAACUCUCCUAACACAUCUCCUUGGUGUAGAGUCCGAUGCAGCUUGUCUUACCGCAUGUCUUCAACAACUCAACCUCAUCUAUGACUACUCCAUGCUGCUGCCCAAUGGUCUCUCCUGCGACAGUCCAAGAACACAGAGAAGUUCCCAACAAGCCCUCUACCUGGUGCCCUACCAUAUGAGCACCUUGCUGCCUCGUGGUUCGGCUUCCUGCAGGGACCUGUCAUCAGAGAGAGUCCUUCUGGCAGAUUUCAAGGGGUACCGUCCUCAUGGUCUCCUAUCAAAGCUUGCCAUAGAGCUUGGUAGAAUAGCCUGCAAGAAAGGUGGGACCUUCAAGUUCUUGAGGGAAUCGUCCUGGGACUUCAACAUGGGUGGCAAUUAUACGGUGUACUUGAGGGAUGAUCCAAGAAGUUGCAUGGUGAAAUUUAUCACAGUGUGUAAGGUAGGCUUUGUCUUACGCAAUGUGCUGGUUGACAUAAACAGUGCUAUCCUAAAGGUGAUGAAAUCUGAUGACAGAUUUGUUUUAGGACCACCAUGUCCUUUGCAUAAAAAAUGCAUGUUUCAGCAGGAGCUGAGUGGCCAUACCAUUUCCCAUGUCAUUGAUUUGACUAAGGUUUCUGGAGAACGCCCUCUAUGGUGUGGAAAUGAAGAUGUCCUCAAGUUCAGAGAUGUUAGAGAAUGGAUCGUCGCCCAAGGGAAAGAGAAGCAGCCAUCACUGGACUCGUCUGGGAUGAUCCUAUCUGAGGACACACCCUACUCUGACCUUCCGUCUGACCUCAUUCAGCUUGUUUCUAGCAAGAUGAAUCUACCAACAGUCAGGGGCAGGGACUGGAGAGGAUUAGCAGGUCAACUAGGUUGCACCAUAUCUAUGUUGAAGGAAUUUGAGGCCCCACACCCGCAUUGCUAUGACCCAUGUGGAAAACUCCUUGACGACUGGGGUAUGUCGAAGAAUGCUACCCUUCGCAACCUGAUUAGCCAUCUCGGACAUCCUGACCUUAAUCGCCAAGAUGUCAUCAUGGAGAUAAAGCAGAAGUGGAAAGUUGUGAGUAGUUCAACAAUGACAACAUCCCUUUGACUUCUUGUAGGAAAGGGUCAGGCUAGGAAGAACACUGCCAUCAAGAACCUGAUCCAAACGUUGUGGACAGCUUCUUAAGAGAUCAAGGAUGACUUUUUGGUCAAACAUAUAAUCCCAAUUGAGGCCAUUUAACAUGUUAACAUGUGUAUCAAAGGCCUGAAUCGCAAUGAUUUUUAGUGGUAUUUCUGGCUGAAAACAUUCUCGGAAGUCCAGAUCAUACUGAAAAUCAUGGAAAACCUUUUAUUCAUGCCAUUAACAUCUUGUUUCAUGGAGAUAUCUUCCUCUGAAAAUACUAUCCUCUGAAAAUACUAUCCUUGAACAUUCCAGUUCUGGAAGAAUUUGGUUUUCGGGGCAACUGAUCCUUUGUUCCUACAGUUAAAUAUGGACAUUUCCUGAAGGAUACAGGAAGCUUUGAAAUGCUGCUUGCAACAAACAGAUAAUUGUUUACAAGUAUAUGUUUAUGGUCCAUCAUCUGAAAUAAAGAUUGAGUUGUUUCUUAUUCAUGGUUUGGACGGUAUUUUGCCAUCAUAGUUUUAUAUAACAAUCAAGGAAACCUGUGAAGUGCCAUGUUGUAUCUUUGAAUUAACCUUUCAUUCCUUCAAUUCCCUUUUAAUCCCUAUCUUUACAUUUCAAUAUAUGAAUGGUUUGAAUAGUUUUUCUUUUCAAAUAAUUGAAAUAAGUUGAGCAUUUCACCAGUAGAACCCCUGCAUCAAAUGAGGGCGUCUGUUUUAGGAGAGUUGGAAUCAUUCUCACCUCCAAAAAUCAAACACAACUUCAUUUUCAUCCAAUCAGAACCAUACAUUUAGGAUAUAUGUUUGAUUAUCUGGCUUGUGUUCAAACUCAACUCUUUCUGAAACAGGCUCCGGUAAGAAUAAUCCAAACUUGUGAAGAAAGAAAACAUUCCUUGUAACUUUCCCCAAGUAAUUAUGCUAUUUUCCAUAGCUUUAUGACAUCAAAUUUCUAUUUGCUACCUUUAAAAUAAUACCCAUGUUACACAGUUUAUUUUCCUAUUAUCAAGAAUAUGACAGCCAAAACAAACAUAAAGGAUCUCAUCACUUCCUUUUCUAACCACAGCCAGCUGUGUUUUCAGUCUGUACGAAAAAAAUUCCUCUACAUUCUAAAUUUGUUUACUUCUUGUUUAUCUCCAUGGCAACAUAACAAACCUCAUUCCUGGUUUUGCCUUCAUGGAGAUUUGUAUUCAUAGUCAUGAGUAAUACAGUGAGUUCUUUCCUUCUGAAAAGCUAAGAUGUGUUUCCUUAAUUACUGCACAUCGACUACACCCCCCUUCCCCCCUGUCCCCCCCCCCCCAAAAAAAAAACACAGGCAAAGGGCAAAGUUCAGCUCCCUGAAAGUGUCAUUUAAAAAGCCUUCACAUUUUGCAAAAGUGCUGAAGACGGCUGAAAAAUUUUGCUAUUGAGUUUAAUAUAAAAUCAAAUUGCUGGAUUCAGGGUAAAUCAAGCCUCUGUACAGGGGAGAAAGUCAAAUUGUAAUAAUAGUCAUAUUAUGUGUUUUAUGUUCAUUUUGUAUUAUAAUACAUCUACAUGCAUAUCUUCAAAUUAUAUCAUCAUACAUUUUACUAAGUAUCUUUCUCAUGAAACUUAUGAAAGGAUUUUGUUUUUUUCUUUUUGUUUGAUGUUGUAAGAUAUCAUUCAAUAUUUCUUCAUCUCUUUAUGAAUCAAAUCAUAGUAAGUUUUCCCCCAGAGGAACCUUAUUGUUGAUCUGGGCACUGUCUUACAAAGAGUUACGAUUGAUCCGAUCAAUCGUAACUCUAUGGAAGUCCAUCAGUGUCUUAAUUUUUUCAACAGGAAAUUUGCACAAUGUUCUUUGUAAAUGAAGAGAAGCACAGUGAAUUAAAAAAAAAACCAAUGAAUUCAUGAAUAUACAUCAUAGUUAGAAAAUACUUUGAACAAACAUGCAUAGUAGAUUUUGACCUUGCUGGCCGUCCAUAGUUGUGAUUGAUCAGAUCAAUCGCAACUCUUUGUUAGACGGGGCCCAGAUGUAUGGCUCAUGUACCAUUUUCAUCCUUUAUUUACUUUUUGCUUGACAGAAUAUCUGUGACAUACCAAUCUUUUGCCAAAGCUUACAACCCUGUGCAUAAUUUUAUAAAAAAUGUUUCCUCAUCUGAAAUGUUUUGAUAGGUAUUAUCUGAUAUAAAUUGUAUAUCAUGAGAAUAAUAUAUAUUUCAAAUACUUGAUUUCAAUAUUUAUCCCCAUUUUUCUUUGGUUAUCAUUGCAUUGAAAUUGUGUUAAAAGUGUACUUUGUAUUUUGUAUCACUAUGUUUCUUUUAUCUGUUUUCGACCUGUACAAUUCAUUAUCUUGUGAGCUUUUUUAAUUAGGUGGCCACGUUUAAGCUCUAUCUUCUCUUGAGGGGCAUACCAAAAUCUUUAUGUAACUCAUUUGAAUGUAUAUGCAUACCUUGAUGGUUACAUUUUGAAUUGAAAAGAUAAAUUUAUGUGAUAUGUAAUACUGUAUUUUAUACAUGUAUAUUAUUAUGUCAUAUUUUGAUAUAUUCAUGUACAUCAAUUUAUGAAUAUGCAUUUUCAUAUCAUGCUAUAUAUAAAUUGUGCGAGUGAAAAAUUUUGUGAUAUCCUGCAUUAUAACUUGUCAUUGUGAUUAUGAUACAUUUCUUCCAAUGUAUAUCCUUGGGUAUUUCCCAUCACAGAUAGGAACAAAUAUUUUACAAAAGUAUACCUUUAAAGGUGCCUCCAUUCAUAUUGACACAAAUCACUUUUUUUAAUUGAUAAUGUGAAUUUUUGUUAAUCAUUUCCAUUUUUUCAAUUUUUAUUGCUCAAACCAAUUUUCUUUCAUAUGACCCUGAAAAUGAUUUAAUAAUUCAACUGCAUUGUGGUUUUGAAUAUUGAAAUUUAAUUAUUGAGGGAUUAUUCAAAAAAUUUCUAUCAAGAACUAAAACAAUUGGAUUGACAACUGAUUAAGUGCAUUAGUUAUUUAUUGCCGCAACUCAUUUCAUCAUAAUGAAGACACAUCAUUUACACAUGUAUGGAAAAAUGAAACAUUUAUGAUUUCAUGUAAUAACAUACGAAAAAGGAAAGUGGGGAUGUGACAUCAUGUAUGAAGAAAUCAUUGCAGGAACAGUAAAAAAUAUAGUGGACAUGAACAAGGAAGUAUAGAAAAUUUUUGACCCAAAACCAACAAUAAUCGACUCCCAAUGUCAAGAGGCCCAUUAAAUGUGUUGUGCAAUAGAAUAUUAACAGAGUAUUCUCUUAUUCAUCAAUGAGCUAAGAGUGUGUCAACCAUUGCAAUGUGUUGACACCCUCUACGUUCGUUGUGAUGUGCACGGAGACAGGAUAUUCAAAUUUUGUUUUGCUCCCUCAGUCUUUGGCAUGUAUCUUAUUCCCUUUCACAAUUUACAUGUACUUUAAAAAGACCUUAGAAUAUAUUCCUGUUUAUGUUGUAUCUUACAUUGAUGAUAAUCGGCUGCAAACCUGUGUCACCUUUUUAAAGUUAAGAUAGCAGUCAUUAAUAUGUAUGUAUUUUCUGAAAAUUAAAACAAAUUUAUAUCUAUUUUUGAAAAUUUAAACCUUUGAAAAUGAUAAUGAAUUGGUGCACAUUUGUUAUCUCAUGCUUAAAUAUGAUAAACAUAUAGCAUUAUACAUGUAUAUGUAUGCUUUUUAAUACUUUACCAUUCAUAAUAAACUAUUGGUGCACAUUUUUUAUAUCAUACUGAAAUAUUUUUAUUAUUCAAAGAUUAAAUUUGGAAAUUCAUAUU